CCUAGGGGAAUUUUACAGUUGAUGAUACGCCACAGAAAAUGGCCAAUUAUUAGACAAUAUUAUAUAUUUUUCCUCAAGAGUACAGUGCUGGCCUGGCAUAUAUGAACACCAUUUCAUAUAACCAGGCUUAGCUUGUUCACUCAACUACGUAUAUACCAAUAAUUUCACAUUUGCUUAUCAGAUCAGAUCUGCCUCUUCUCUUCUCUUCUCUUCUCUCCAUCGGCUAAACAGUAUAUCGACCAGCAAGAGGACAGCAGAAAUACGCAGACAUCAGCCAUGCAUGCCCGCCCAAAACAUAAUUAAGACAGCCGCGAGUGUCAGGUAAUAAAAAGUAUAGAAUACGCAGUAAUUAUGGAUCCAAUUGGGCCAAUAGUUGGGACCGUUUUCAAGGGCUUGCAAGAACAAGUUCAAACCCAAGCUCAAUAUGCCCUCAACUUCAAAGAUCAGUUCAAAGAGAUGCAGACACAACUUGAACUCAUGCAAGCAUUCCUCAACGAUUGUAAAGAUGACAAAAGUAAGAGCCAAACUGUGAAGACAGCCUCAAAGCAUCUGCGAGAUUUAACGUAUGUUGCAGAUGACAUUGUCACCGGCUGCCACAUCAGAGAAGACUACAAGAGAACAAUUGAGAGUACAUUCUGCUUACCUUCUUGCAAGGAAGUUGUCUACCGUUGGGACAUGGGCAGGAAGCUGACAGAAAUUAACCAGCAACUUCAGAAUAUGCAUAAUAUGCAUAAAAUGCAUGAGAUUCUUGACAAGGUUGGUCAGAAAUCUAAGCCUCCUGCUCCUUCUAGUAGAAAACCCACCUGGCUAGUGCCACAAAAAAUAGUUGGGCUAGAAAAAGAGACUGAAAAAAUAACAAACUGGAUGUUUACUGGCAAUGUCUCAUUUAUUGGCAUUGCAGGAAUGGGGGGUUUGGGUAAAACCACAAUCGCCCAAAAGGUUUUCAACCAUAAGCAGGUUAAAGACCGAUUUAGAAAACGAAUUUGGGUUUGUGUAUCUCAAACCUAUGAUGAGGGUGAGCUGGAAAGGAGUAUCUUGGAUAUGCUAGGGGUGGAAUAUAAGGGAUGCAAUGAAGGUGAGCUGCAAACAAAAAUUUCUGAAUUGCUCUUGAAAAAUAAUACCUUAAUUGUGUUGGAUGAUGUGUGGUCGUUAAAAGGUGGUGGUUGGUGGGCUCUGAUAUCAACCGCGUUUCAGGAAACAGCCAAGCAUAACGGAUGCAUCAUUGUCACGUCCAGAAUAAAGAAUGUCAUAGAAAGUAUGGCAAGACAGGGCUUUAACAACAAUGUAGAAAUCCACGAACCCAAGUUGCUGGGUAAAGUGGAAAGCGAGAAGUUAUUCUGCAAGUUUGUGUUCGGCCCAACCAAAACCAAGUUCAACGGGUCUGAAUUAGACAAGGUGGGGAAGCAGAUUGUACACAAGUGUAAUGGUCUCCCAUUAGCAAUCAAGAUAGUUGGAGGUGUUAUGAGUGGUGUUAAACCACGGACACCUGCCGAAUGGAUGAAGAAAUGUGAAAAGUUUCGUGAAGUAAUAAUUGAAAAAGUUGAAGGCUCAGUUAAUGUUAUAGAUUCAUUGCAGUUGAGCUACGACGAGCUUCCAGAUCAUCUAAAGCAGUGCCUUUUAUGUUUUGCAAUUUAUCCAGAUGAUCAUGAAAUAGAAGUGGAACAACUGAAGCGGUGGUGGGUAGGGGAAGGUUUUAUUCGAGGCACGGAGACUCCAAAUAAAGAAGCCUACAAGUAUUUGUUGCAGUUGAUCAAUAGGUUUUUGGUUGAGGUUACAAAGAAGAGGGAUUUUGAUGGGAGAGUGUACAAAUGCAAAAUGCAUGACAUGGUUCGAGAAAUGGUAAUCCGGAAUGCAAAAGAUGAUGGAUUCUGUGAUUUCAGCGAUAAAGGCAAGCACAUAGCAACGCCUGAGUCUCUGCAUUUGGGUGUCACAAAGGACACAUCUUUCCAGUCAUUGAUUAGAAACAAGAAGCUGAGGGCCCUUAUUCUCACCACAUGUGAUUCCAUUGGCUUCAAUAAAAGAAUUGCAUUGGCAAAAGUGAAAACUCUCAGGGUUUUAGACCUCUCACGUCUAAAACUAGAUGGGAUUAGUGUGGAUGACCUGUGGCACUGGAUCACAUCCCAAAAACUCCUUGCUUAUCUGAAUCUUCAGGAUGUGGCAGACUUGAAGGAAAUCCCACCCUCGAUUCAAAAGCUUUGGGGCCUUAAGAUUCUGGUCCUAGAAGGAUGCAAAAGUCUCAGAAGCCUACCAUCGCCAAUGGCAUGCUUUCCAAGAUUAAGAGUUUUGGAUGUUGGGAAUUGUUCAUCUCUUUUGUGGAUCCCACAAGGUCUCUCUAAAGUGUCUAGUCUUCAAGAGCUCUUUGGAUUCAAGAUACCAAAAGGAAAUCAACAAGAAGCCUGUCGACUGAGUGACCUCGAGAAAUUGAAGCAACUUAAGGUGUUACAGGUGGACAUAAUGGAAGGAAGCCUGAUUCGUGAUGACGACUUGACAGCACUGGAAAGUCUGGAAAAGCUGAGGGUACUAUCAAUUAAUGCCAAUGGCAUUACAGACGAUGAAUUGUUACAAAAGUUGAAGAAGUUAUGUGUGCCAAAAGGUUUAAAACAUUUGUAUCUAAGGCGCUUCUGCCUAGAAGCUACACCAGCAUGGAUAAGUCCUUCUUCACUGCCCAAGCUGCAAUUUCUUUGCAUCGAGGACUCGAAAGAGCUCACCCAAUUCAGCGAAAACUUCCAUGAGGAUGGGUGGAUGAUAGAAGGAUUGUCUUUGAAGUUCUUGCCUAAGCUGAAGGAGGAAUGGGAAUGGUUGCAGAAGGAGGCAAUGCCUCAACUAAGGUACUUAGAAGUCAGCCACUGCAACUCAUUGAAGUCUUAUCCUUAUCACACAGAUGAUUUAUAUAUUUGGGAAAAGCCAAGGGAUGAGAUGGAAGAUGAUAAGGAAGUAGAGCGCAAUGCUUAUGAAGAAGAUAAUGAAGAAGAAUGCAAUACCUGUGAAGAUUGAUGCAGAAGAACUCCAAUUCAGCUACAUACCAAGUCUUAAUCAUGAACCCCCACCAGGUGAUCGAUUGUUGCGUGUUUUCUGAAAUAAAUAAUGCAUGUUAGUGUGAUGUUUUCAUUUUCUUUCUAUCGUGUAAAAUGUAAGAUGAUGAUGCUCUAUUGUUGUAUUUGCCAUAUGUAUUUUUCUGUAUCCAGAUUGUGCAUGUAAAACAUCUCUUCUAUGUCCAAUUCUGUCUGAGGUUGCAUUUUACACUA